GCGAACACAGUUUGAUUAAAAACAGUUUUUGUUGUGGUUGUGACUAUAGAACAGCUUGUAGCGUUCUAUUUGUUUAAAAAUGCCUUAUGCUAAUCAGCCCUCCGUUCAUAUUACAGAUUUAACAGACGACAAUGUGAAGUUUUAUAUCGAAGAUACAGAUUUAAGUGUUGCUAACAGCAUUAGAAGGGUCCUAAUUGCUGAAACUCCAACUUUAGCCAUAGAUUGGGUUAAACUAGAAGCAAAUUCGACUGUAUUAAGUGACGAAUUUUUGGCACACAGAAUUGGCCUUAUUCCAUUGAUUUCUGAUGAAGUAGUCAGCCGUUUACAAUAUCCAAGAGACUGUAUUUGUAAAGACUUUUGUCAGGAGUGCAGUGUGGAAUUUACAUUGGAUGUAAAAUGUACUGAAGACAAAACAAGACAUGUAACAACAGCAGACUUGAAAUCCAGUGAUCCAAGAGUAAUUCCAGCCACAUCAAAGCACAGAGAUGAUGAAUCUUCAGAGUAUGAGGAGAAUGAUGAAAUCUUGAUAAUUAAGUUGAGAAAAGGACAAGAACUGAAAGUGAGGGCUUAUGCCAAAAAAGGUUUUGGUAAAGAACAUGCAAAGUGGAAUCCUACUUGUGGUGUUGCUUUUGAAUAUGAUCCAGACAAUGCUAUGAGGCACACAUUGUAUCCAAAACCAGAUGAGUGGCCAAAGAGUGAAUACAGUGAACUGAAAGAAAACCAAUAUGAAGCACCAUUUAACUGGGAGUUGAAGCCAAACAAGUUCUUUUACAAUGUAGAAUCAGCAGGAUUACUUAGACCAGAAAAUAUUGUUAUUAUGGGUGUUUCUAUGUUGAAAGAAAAGUUGUCCAAUUUGCAGACUCAGCUUAGCCAUGAAAUGCAAAGUGAUGCUCUGGCUAUUUAAAUUUAAUUAAUUGUUAUUGGUUUAAAUAUAAUUUUUAAUAUUACCUGCUAAUUUUAUUUAGUGAUAAUUUUAAAUAAUAUAUAUUAUAGAUCAUA